GUCCUGAAGAAGGGAGUUUUGAGUUUUCACAACGGCCUCGUUUAUUGUUCAUACUAUUAAACUUAGUAUUAAAUUUGUCUAGCUUUUGCGUUUGACUAUGCAAAUAAAGGACUAAGUUGUUACGAUAAAAAAAUCAGUAGUUUAAUUUAAUUGUGAAGGAUUUAACCUUUGAUCAGCCAACAGCUUUAAUUGCCUUGUAAGAGUUUUGUAUGAAAGCUGAGCCUAACAGCCCUAAUUGGCGUGCAGGUGCCGGACUGUAUCACUCCAACAGUGCAAGCAACAUGAGCAGCAGCAGUGGCCAUGCAAGUGAAGAACUAGUGGCAGAAGAUGACGACAGUGAUAACAAGAGUUCUACUGAUCUUCAGAUGAGUUACAAAGAACGUAGGCGUGAAGCUCACACGCAGGCAGAGCAGAAGCGACGGGACGCCAUUAAAAAGGGUUACGACACGCUGCAGGACCUUGUACCGACGUGUCAACAGAACGAUACUUCAGGGUAUAAGCUGAGCAAGGCCACUGUGCUGCAGAAGAGUAUAGACUACAUACAGUUUUUGCUGCAACAAAAGAAGAAGCAAGAAGAAGAACGAAACGCUCUCCGUAAAGAGGUGGUGGCUCUACGGAUCAUGCAGAGCAACUACGAACAGAUGGUUAAAGUGCAGCAAACUCAACCUAACCUCACGGAACAGCGAGUAUCUGACGAGUUCAAGUUUAAAGUGUUUCAGAGUAUCAUAGAACAGCUGUUUCUGACAUUCAGUAACAUAUCCGUCAACAACUUCCCGGAAUUGUCUGCUUGUGUUUUUGGCUGGCUGGAAGAACACUGCAAACCCCAGACACUCCGAGAGAUGGUGAUGAACGUGCUGCAGCGCUUGAGUAGUAGGGGUCCCAGUCAAUGAUGCAACUCGAAGAAAUAAAUUUACCUGAGUCUAACUUAACAGGAGCAAAAUUACCCUGCAUUUGUUAGAAUAUUCUAAACCUAGUUUUAUGAAAAUUUAGGGUUUAAUCAAAAGUGUAGCGUACAAAGUUUCGAAAAUAUCUGUACAAAAUAGUAGAUAUAGUUUUGUAAAACUAUUUUUAUACAUUGAAGAGGCUGUGAUUUUAGUGAAGUAAAAGUUUGGAUUUCCAAUGUUUCCAUGUCAUUGGACGAGAUUUAUAUAAAUAUGAAUUUUAUGGGUACAAACAUAAAAAUAAAAAUGUUAUAAAAAUGCAUAAAACACAAAACUGAUUGUGUUUAGAAAUGCUAAAAAUUUACUUAUUCAAACAAUUUGUCCUUGUCUUGUUUUGUGACUUCUCAAAUCCAAUUCGAUUUUUAGCCUCUCCAACAAGUUGACUCUAGAUUUAUCCGCGAUCCGCCAAGUCAACUUCCCAUCCGAUUCUUCUCACUUCUUUAAUAGCUUGGUCAUUGUUUCUUAAUGGUUGUCUUCCAGUUGGCCUUUCUAAACUCUUUCUAUCAUUUCAACCACAUUUUGUAAUCUUAACAUUCUAUACUGGCUAUUGGUAAAUUUUUACCUAUACUGGCCAUUGGUAAAUUUUUAUAAAAUAUUUCAUGGGAACCUUGUAAUAUACAUAGGUUGUUCAGAAUCCCUAGACCUGUUAAUAGCUGUAAAUACUCAAAAUAAAUAUGUAACUUGGCCUCUACAUUGUACUACAAACUAAUACGGCCAACAAAAACAUAACGCAACCUAACACAUAAACAACACAAUGUAAUGAGGCCAAUUUGUAACUUAUUGUAGUGAGGGGUUAGUUACCAAAUUUGUAUUGUACUCAUUACUGUAAAACACCGUUUACUUUACCAUAAUCUAACAAAUGGAAAAUCUAAUAAAUCAUUCUAACCAGAAA